AUGUUGAACGAUGCGGAUCUCACCACUCCUGCUCAUAUCUGGGCAAUGGUGCUCGAAGAUGGACCGCCCGAUGCUGUUCCGAAGAUGACUUUCCAAGAGCCGUUGUGCCAGCGUCAGGUGUACGAGGGUCAUGACCCACCAACCACUACAAGACGGCAAGCCAUGCCAACCACAACCUCUCACGGCCUUGAUGCGGAGUGGUUGUGGAUGGUCCUCUUGGGUGGAGCAACGAAGCCCGAUAUCAAACUUGGAACACGUUGGACUAAGCGUACUGGCGGUCCUGUUGCGGCGACUAUGUGCUUGUCGACGCACAUGAAUUGA